GUUUGAGUUUGGAAGGCAAAGACCAGUAACAGGUUUUCGGAGUCCGAGAAACAGCUCUCAAGCUUUGCGAGGUUUUCGAAAUACAGUCCCCGUCCCUCCUCUUCUUCCGUGCCGCCGUCCGAGCAAAACCACUCACUCAAGUUUCCACUUCAAAACGCACAUCACACCAUAGCAUAGCAGAUUCACUCACGCUAUUUGACGCAAGACUAUCCAAGAGUUCUUUUACCUGACAAAUCCACCUGACCAUCAUCCGAAGAACGAUCGGCAAGAUGGAUCCCAAUGUCAACGUUACCCCGCAAAACCCGAUGAAGAAGGAGGAUACGUAUUAUGAGGCUACGAUGAGGUGGAUUGAAGAUACGUACUUGAAGUACUUUGGACAGAACAGGACAUCAUAUGGUAUCAAAGAUACAUUGAGUAAGACAGAAGUCACUGGAAACAAGGACAUAGAUGGCAUCCAACAUGCUGUGGGAGAGACAGUCGGCAAUGUGUUUGCGGAAGAUGGGCUUGCUGCACCGGUCGGGAAGGUAGUGGAUAAGGGUUUGUUGUCGAGAUGAGUGGCGGGAAACACUUGAUGAGAAUGAGCGGAUUUGACUACUUGAUGAUAUGAUGUACAAUUACUCCAAAGCAGGAUUAUGACUACUA